AUGAACAUUAUCGAGCCGCAGGUCAUGUACUACAGACGCGCCACGGGGGAUCACUUUACUCUCCUCUUCCUGCGCCCUUUGCGCAGAAGGCCCGAGCGUGGCAGAAGCCAGCUGGAAGCUUUGCUGCGCGAGCCAGACUGGGAGCGAAUCCAGUCGCACCUCUUGCAGAAGAACAUCUACCGCGAACACCCGACCACGGCGAGCCGGUCUGCCGCUGAAGUGGACGACUAUCGGCGCACCAACGGCGUCGUGAUUGUCAAAGGACGCGGACCCAUCGCCAAGCCAAUCCUGGACUUCCAAGAGGCCCUCUCUUUUCCCCGUGGCCUCGUCGACGCCGUCCGGCACGAGCGCAACGGUGGUACGCCCACUUGCGUCGAGGCUCAGUGCUGGCCCGUCGUUCUAAGGGGUCGCGACUUCCUUGGCGUCGUGCAGGCGGGGUCGCCCAAGACGCACGCGUACGUGCUCCCAGCCGUCGCGCACGCGCUAAGCAUCCAGCGACCCCACAACGCCGGCGACGGCCCACUAGUCCUCGUCCUCGCACCGUCUCGGGAACUAGUGCAACAGAUCCACCGCCUGUUCCACGACCUCGGGAAGUCCUUCGGGCUGCGCAGCGUCUGCGUUCAAUCCGGCGUCGCCAAGAAUGUUCAGUACGCCGAGCUCGCCGUAGGCUGCGACGUCUGCGUCGGAACGCCGGGUCGCCUCCUGGAGUUCGUGACGGCACAGAAGUUGAAGCUUCUUUCGUGCACCUUCCUUGUCGUCGAUGGCGCAGAUCGCAUGCUGUCUAUGGGCCUCGAGCGCGAAGUGACGAAGAUCGCCCAGCAGAUCAGGCCGGACCACCAGACGGUGAUGUGGGUCACCUCGUGGCCGAAGGGCACGCAGCGCCUCGCCGAUACCCUGCUGGAGAACUACGUCCAGGUAAACUUCGACUCCGCGCAGCCUCAUCUGGUGGGCGUCAAGCAGUGUGUGUACGUCGUCAAGCAGACCGAGAAAGAGCGCGCGCUGGCCGAGCUCCUCGAGGACCUGCUCAGGGACGAGGUCGGAAGGGUUGUGGUGUACGCGAAGACACAGGAAUCGGUGCGCAAGGUGGCCUUGCAGCUGCGCGAGAGGAACUGGCGUGUGGUCACCGUUCACCGCGGCAUGGCGCUUGAGCAGCGUCUUUGGACGCUGAGCACGUUUCGCACCGGGGGCUCUCGCGUACUACUGGCGACUCACGGGUGUGGCCGGGACCUGGCCUGGGACUACGUGCGUUUCCUAGUCAACUUGGACUUUCCCGUUGAGCCACAUUACUACGCAAUGUUCGUCAACCGGCUGGCCAGCGUCGCCGUCGAGGGUGGCGAGGUGCAUACCUUCUUCACGCCUGACGAUAGUCGCCACGCUAGGGAGCUGGUCGCGACGCUACGACAGGCCGGGCAAGCUGUGCCUCGCGAGCUCUACAAACUCGCGAAGUCCUGUGCCCGCGCGGGGCCCGGUCGAAGGGCCAAGUAUAGUGACGGCAGCUGA